AAAUUUUGGAACAUCGAACCAGUUAAGUUUGCUAUUGUGACUAAAAAUGGUGCGAAAUUUGAAGACUUAGACAUAGAAGGUUUGUUAACAGUCAAAGAAAGUUUUGACAGAAGGUUCUCAAACCUUAAAGAAGGCAAAGCAUACAAACUUGUUAUACCUUAUGAACCAAAGAAGACAGACGACUAUGAAUAUUAUGAGUCUAAAGUUGUAGAAGUUCAAGGUAAAUUGGGUAAAAAGAUUUUAGAGUCUAAGCCAGUGUUUACUCCUAAAGAGGAAGAGAACAUUGACAUUGACCCAGAAAUGUUCUAA